AUGGACCGCGUCUUUUCGUUUCCACGCGACGACUUUGAAAAGGGCGUGGUGGUUGGCAUUUUUACUACAUUGGUGGUAAUUAUUGCCGCGUCUGUGGUUCCCGCAGUGCGCAGCCACGAUGUGUACUCGCUGGUGCACUGGAAGCUACAUGUGCGGUCACCGCUGCAGCCACUGUGGAUGAACAUUGGCUACUGGACCAAGGAAGCAGGACGUCGAGCUGAGACUCUUGAAGACGCAUGCAUGGCAUUGCUGCGGGAGGUCUUAACUACCGCGUCUCUAUACCCAUGUCAGUCGACAGACGAUAUUUCCAUCUUGGAUGUGGGAUUUGGUUGUGGCGAUCAAACAUGGGAGCUAGCCCGGUGUCUAAACGCCGGCAAACGAAGCAUGUUUCGAUAUGUUGGUAUUACCGAUAACCCCAAGCAAGUAGCCUUUGCUCAAAGGCGCUUGGAGACCGAGCUCGCCGCGACAACUUGGCAAUCGAGGUGUUUGUUUAAACUAUUUCGCAAUGAUGCCGCCCAGCCAGAAGGUUGGAAUGAAGAGCUCUGUGGCGAAUUGAAUGGUUUCACUACAUCAAAUGAGUCCUGGUUGCUCGGUCUCGACUGCCUCUACCACUUUUCGCCGUCGCGCGAGCCAUUAUUCCAGUAUGCAGCCCGCAACAUGCACGCCAACUUGAUGGCGUUUGAUUUGCUCUUACGCGAAAACGCAUCAUUUGUUUCUCGGGCUAUUGUAUGGUGUAUAUGCAAGCUAAUAGGCUGUCCUACACGCACCUUCUUAACGAAACAACAGUACGCUGCCCAGCUUGAGGCUGCCGGCUACACAAAGGAGACUAUAAUCCUGCGUGACAUUUCAUCGGACGUGUUCCCAGGGUUCGUGGCGUUUAUGGAUGCCCAAGAACAAGUACUGGCCGAGUACGGCAUCAAGCUUGGAGCAUUAAAGGUGGCCAAGCGAAUCUUUGGGUGGUUUGGCACAUCGGGUGCUAUCCGGGCGGUGAUUGUUGUGGCUCGCAUUCCGGACAAAUAA